AUGAGCAGAGAAGAAGAGGACGACGAGAUCUUCCAGGCUGAAAAUUUAGUGAACUGUACACCAAAUCCAGAUUGCCCCAUGAUCCAUCCUUGUGUUGAUCCUCCACUUUGUAGCAACUGCCAAAAAUCUGAACUUUCCUUCUUUGACCCCAACUGCCCCGGAUGUCAGGAAAUUUUGCUCCGUCCGACCACUGCCAUUCCAGAAAUCUUUGCCAUUCUUCGGCAAUGGACACCACAGACACAACAGAAUAUUGAAGUACUUAUUAAUCAAAUUUUAGAAAAAGGUGCCAAUAUAAAUGACCGUGAUGGCUUGACAGACAUGACACUGUUACACUAUGCCAGCAAAGCCGGGGCUAGUGGUGUGGGUGAUGCAGAAAUGGCUAGCAGAGUAGUAACCAUGCUUAUUGAUAAGGGUGCUGACCCUUUUAUUCGGUGUAGGUGGACCAACAUGACAGCUCUCCAUUAUGCUGCCUAUUUUGAUGUUGCUCCUGUCAUCAAAAUUCUUCUUAAAACAACGAAAGCAAUAGAUAUUGACAAUACUUGUUCAGAGUUUGACCAUGGUUCUAGUCUGCAUAUUGCCGCCAGUAAUGUAGCUUAUAAUGCUGUAAAGGUUUUACUACAGAAUGGUGCCAACCCAUACAUGAAAGAUGAUCUUGGUAGACAACCAAUUGAUUGUGUUCCUGAUCCUAAAAAUUUUGAUGAAGAAUCAGAAAUGGCAAAACUGGCAACCAAAAUCCGAAAGAUGAUGCCUGAAGCUGGCCCUGUUAGUCCAAACCCUUGUUCACCCAUUUUUGACCCAACACAAAGUCGAGUGACACUCCAAGCAAUGGGGUUGCGAUUGGGUGAUAAAGUGGUUAUUAAUGGGUCAAAGAGUGGAGCUCUCCGUUAUUGUGGACCUACAGAAUUUGCUGCUGGGAUUUGGGCAGGAAUAGAACUAGACGAAAAAAUUGGUAAAAAUGAUGGUAGUGUUGGUGGAAUCUCUUACUUCCGUUGUGCUCAAAAUCAUGGAAACUAA